AUGCGAGCGCCGCCGCUGCUGCUGCUGCUGCUGAUGGCGGCCGCGGGCCUGGCCGUGAGUCCGCUCGCGCGCCUCAACCCCUGGCUGAGCGCGUGCGACCUGGAGGAGGAGGGCGCGAGCGGCGUGCGCGAGUGCGGGGGCGCGGCGUGCGGCGGCGGCGGCGGCGCGGCCGAGUCGCUGACGGUGCGCGACGUGCCGCACCUGUGCGCGCUGGGGGCUGUUGCACGAGCACGACGCCUUGCCGAGUUGCGGCUGCGCGCCUGCUGCGAGCGCUCGCCCGCCUCCGCACUGGACCAAGGCGCGCGCGCCGAAGUACAAGCCGGCGGGGAACGCUGCGAGCGCACGCUGCACGACCUCCUUGGCCUCGACGCGAUGGUCGCGCGCGUGCACUGCGACUUCGUCGACAUCCUCAGUCGCUACGACUGCGACCAGUCCUACUCCGUACACACGUGUGAACAGUGCCAGGAAACGUAUAGACGGUGGGCGUGCAGUACAAUGGUGCCACUAUGGGUAGAAGAAGGUGCGGAAGAGGGAAGCGACGAAAGCGGCAGGUCGCGGCGCGCGCCCGCCGAACACGCAGCGCGCUGGCACGCGCGGCACCUCGAGCGCGUCGGCCACUUGGACCGGCGGCGCAGCGCCGGCGGCGGCGUGGUUGGCCGGUGGGUCCGCGCCGCCGCCGCCGGCCCCGGCCGGCCCCUAGCACGGCUCAAGCCCUGCCUCUCAGUUUGUCAGCUCGUCGAGCAAAAUUGCCCUUACUUCCUGCCGGCGGACCGCGCGCCCGCCUACCCCACACAGUACGCUGGCGAGCCCACAUUCCUAUGUCUUGAUCCGCGUAUUCCGGAAACUGGUGCGCAGGCCAACAAAUCCAACUAUGGACCGGAUGAGUGCUGCUACUGGUACUGCGAGGGCCGGUUAUGCUACCGGUGCGAGGCGAGGCUCAACGAAGCCCCGCGCCCUGACGCCGAGCGGUGCGCGCCCGUCGACGAGCGGGUACCGACCUGCUCGGUGCCAUACCAGGCGCCCGCGGCGGCGUCUACGCCACGUGCCUCCAUACCUUCCCACCUUGUGCUAAUCGCAGCAGCACUCAUGUUCGGACUCGUGGCGCAAUCACGGACCCACUGGACAGCGUCCACGUCUCUAGUGAAUGUGCGCGAUUCAAGGUUAUAGUUUUACGUUAUCGUGCGUUGCACCCCCACGUCCCGCGAUCGUCGGAUUGCGAUCGGAACUUCUAUUAGUGCUGUACUUAUGAUAAUAAAUUACGCGCGGUUACGAGUUCGAUGAUCCCCGCGACUCGCGGUGGCGGGGCGCGGAUGGCCGCGUGCCGCCCCCGCGAGUGCGCCGGCGAUAUAGACUGUAAGUUAAUAUUUGUGUCCGAAUGUUCGAUACACCCGAAAUAUAGAAACACCAAAUGUUCAGAAAUUAUUACUUAUGCAAUUUAUCUCGUAAGCGCUGUUUGCCGAAGUUCCGGCCAGUAUGUUAAUAUUUUCGGCACGAAUUGUAAACGAACCCAUAUUUUUAGUUUAAGUGAAGAUGUUAUAUUAUAUAUUUUAAUUAGUAAUUUACAGGUUACGUGAUGUGAUUCAUAGGCAGUCAAUAGAUAAAUUGAGUUCAUUGAAAUCAGCAUGAAUUCAGCAUUUACUUAGAAAUAAUGUUGGGCAAAGAAGAAAAGAUUUAAGCGAAUUGGUGCGUUAGGGAUUUGUGUGUUGAUAAUUUUUAUACGAACAGUAUACAGCGUAUAUUAAAAGACAGACAUGAAUUAAAUAGUUGCAUUAAUUCUUUACAAAUCGUUACUCUGUAAUGAAAUAACAAAAAAAUCGAAACAGAUUCCGACAAAUUACUAAUUGACACAUACAUUAUAAGGAUUUUUUGUUUACAAUAGCGAAACAAGAAUUGGAAUCGGUUUUUAGAGAGUUAUUUUUGUAAUGAUGCAUAAAAAUACGGACGAGUAGUAUGUGGGCGAGAGCGGUAACAGUACACAUGGUAUAGCAUAGUAGGCAGUAUUUUGGAAAUGAGUAUGGGGUCUACGGGACGCGCUCAACAUUUCCUUGCACAUGCCGCGAUCGCUCCGUGCCUUGUUCCGUCAGCGAGCGCCUAAAUAGCUGGUCUAUAUAUGAUAUUGACUAAAGUAAUAUAGGAUUAAUUAAAGGUAGUUGUUGUUUUGUAAGAAAUAAAUUAUGACUAAAGCAUAUAAUGAAAGUUAUAUGUAAAUAUCCGUCUUAUGAACUAUCAAUCAAUAUAAUGCAGAUAUAACAUGGUUGAAAAUGAUUUUUAUAUGAAUUGAUUUUUAAUAUAUAUUAUUGUAUAUGUAUAUCGUGUCGUAUAAAUGAUAUUGAUGAAGCAACCUUCAACAUGGGUAUUGUCGUUCACAUAUGUAUAGGUAACAAUAUUUGUUAGUUCGUUUUAUUUUUGAAAAAUAUUAAAUUAUAGA